UAACGGUUUCAGUGUUUACCUUUGUAGUGUAAGUGAAUUGGACAAAUUGUAUUUCUUAAAAAAAACACAAGCAUAUACAAACAUAUUUAAAAGACCAAACGCAAAGAAGUCAAUGAAGUAAAGUACGAUUGGUUGUGCAUAUGGAAAUAUUUUAUUAUUCUUGUGUGAAUACAUUUAUGCUGAUAUACAUUGCGUGAAAAUAAAAAUAGCAAAGAGCGCGAGUCGCAGUGUGACCAAGGUACUUCCCACUUUUAAUGACAAGAAGAGUAGAAUUUAAAGACUGCAAAAGCAAUAAUUUGUUGUUUGAUCACUUAAGUGUACAAUAUUAAGUAGAAUUUUGAAAAAAUCUCUUUCUCUACAAACACACGAUAAAAGCUUUUCUGUUAACAGUGAAUAGUUCAUUAGUUAAUAUAGAUGGAGGAAAAUAUUUUAGGAACGAGCAAAACGAUAUGUAGUGACAUAAUAAAUUAUAAUAUAAUAUAAUUUAAAGAUAUUCGAAUUUUCGUGACAUUCAGUAACGUAAUUAAGAACUCAUGAAAUGCCCCUGUAUAAAUACAUACACAAUACAUGUGGGAAGUAUAUAUACGAUGUUUUCUUGAACACAUAGAUAAGAGUAUUUCGUAGUAAAAAAGACAAAAAAGAAAACAAAAUACAAACUUAUUAAUUUAAAAAAAUGAAAUAAUUAUUUAUUUGCAAAUAUCUACCUUUGAUUUGAGCUGUUUCUUAACUUUAAGUUGUUUGUAUACGGGAGGCUUAACAUGUGCAUAACUACUAUAUAUGAAGAGCCCAUCAUAUACACCAAUUCAAACCGCAAUAGAAUGCCUAAGUAGCUGACAGUUUUGAAGCACGCUUUUGAGAUGUUGAGCAUCAAAAAUAAAGGACACGAGGAAACUGUAGGUCAAAGCGCUAAUGUUCCACCAAACAAUGCCAAGGAGGUGUAUAUGCGAUAUAUAAGUAUACAUAUGUAUGUAUGUAUUGAGUUUCAACAUCAAAAACUACUAAUAGAAAAGCCUACAAAAAUAUUUACUAGUAUCAAUUGAAGCUCCACAGAAGAACAAUAUAUUAUUGGUUUUAGAAAUAACCACCCCAAUUGUACAACACUAGAUUUUAUUUUGCAUCUCACCACUGUUGGAAAAUCGAUGAUGCAAGACCACGGAAGGUUGAUGAAAAAAUCGUAGAGACCAUCGACCCUCUGUUAUAAAAUUUGAGAUGGAAGGUUUAACAUUUCGUUUGAAUAUUUUUGUUGUUAGUAACAGACACGACAAAUUUAUCGAAACAUUAAUUGAUUUGUGAAUUAGUUGUAAUGAACAGUAAUAUUAAAUUGUAAUAAAAUUGUAUUAUUUCAAUGAUGUGUUAGCUGGUUGAGCAGAAUAGAGUAUCUAAUAAAAUUGUCAGAAAGUUGCAAAGUUCUUCAAAUUUUAAAAUCCAAGAAUAUCGGGUGAAAAACAAUUAAUUAAUUUAUUAAGAAGUAAAAGAUUAUAAACUGGUGUAAACCUAAAAGAAAAAAUUAUAAAUAUCAGAAGUUUAAAUAACUUAACUUAAAUUAUUAACUUAAUUUAGCAUUAAGCCAAAUAUUUUGUGAUAUUAUACUUAUAAGCGAAAAGUAUAUGUCUUGUAAACACAUUUAUGAAUAUUAAAAGAGCCUUAAACCCUAUUUACAAAUAGCAGAAAAAAGCAUCGAAGUAAAACGAAAUCGGAAGUUAAAGUAGAGCUCAUAUAAUUGAACCGAAUUAUUAGGGCAAAUUAAAAUUAGGAUCGUUAGUAAAUAAUUAAGUUUAGCUAGUUUCUUAAAAUAUAGAACAAAUGCUGGAAUAUUAAAAAAAAACACUUAAAAACAUGUAUUGAAGAUUUAGUGCAUCUUUUAAAUUUAUUAAGCAAAUUACAAGUAACAUCGAUUUGAAUGUAAAUUCAAUAUGAGGUACAUCCAACAUUUCAUACUCUUUGAAUAAUUAUUUCUAAAAUUACAUUUUGCAUCCGUCCUACAACUAUACCACCGGCUUCCAUGCUACAUCAGUAUCCUUUCUUUGAACUGGAAUAUACGCUUUUUAUCGAUGACUGAAUUCAGUGAAACACGUGAAUUCGAACCGAAUACUUUUCAUCAGUUAAAAACUUCACAACUAGUUUCCGGCAAAGUAGCAGCCGGAAACUCACUGGCCUUGUUGCCGUUCACUGAUUAUAUCGAUGGCAGCUCUACACCCGAUUACAAUGCCGGACCAAUAAAUUUAAAUGAUUUUAUUCAGACUGUAUCAGGAAAUGAUGUUUUCAUAGAGUACGUUGCACCCACUGAUUCCACGACUAUUUACGGCAGCAGUACCGCUGAUGAUAGUACACACUUUCUUAAGUUAACAGAAAAUUUCACCUUCCAACAUUUCUUUCGCAACCAGUCCAAUGAGGCAUUAUGUAAGGAUGUUUACCAUCCUGAUCCUGAUACUUGCCUAGAAUUUUGGGUUUGUGGCGUUGUUUUAAAUGUAGUCGGUAUAUUUGGCAUUGUGGGUAAUAUAAUUUCAAUGAUUAUACUUUCACGACCGCAAAUGCGAUCUAGCAUUAAUUAUUUGCUUAUCGGUUUGGCGCGCUGCGAUACCACCUUGAUUAUAACUUCCAUGCUAUUGUUCGGUAUCCCGUGUGUUUAUCCAUAUUCCGGUUACUUCUUCUAUUAUUACAAUUAUGUUUAUCCCUUUAUAUCACCUUCGGUUUUUCCCAUCGGCUUAACAGCUCAAACCGCUAGCAUAUAUAUGACGUUCACAGUAACUUUGGAACGUUACGUUGCUGUGUGUCAUCCACUUAAAUCACGUGCUCUUUGCACUUAUGGCCGCGCGAAAAUUUACUUUAUAGUUUGUUGUAUGUUAUCCCUUGUUUACAAUCUGCCACGUUUUUGGGAGGUGGUGACAGUCAGCCACCAGCCUGAGGGUAGUGAAAUAGUUUAUCAUUGUAUACGUCCUUCGCCCUUGCGACAAAAUCAAACAUACAUCAAUGUCUAUAUUCACUGGUGUUAUCUGAUUAUCAACUAUAUAAUACCGUUUCUCACGUUGGCUGUACUCAAUUGUCUGAUAUACCGUAAAGUAAAACUUGCGAAUCGCGAACGACAGCGGCUUUCGCGCUCCGAGAAACGUGAAAUUGGCUUAGCGACUAUGCUUAUAUUUAUCGUGAUCGUCUUUUUCUUACUAAACUUUCUUGCGCUUGUUGUAAAUAUAGAUGAAGCUUUUUACAAUAAAAUCGAUCAUUCACUUACUAAAAUCUCCAAUCUGCUGGUUACGAUUAAUAGCAGUGCGAAUUUUCUAAUAUAUGUUAUUUUCGGAGAAAAAUUCAAACGUAUUUUCCUAUUAAUUUUCUUUAAACGCCGUCUUAGCCGUGACCAACCCGAUCUUGUGCAUUACGAGAGUUCUAUAUCGAACAACGGUGACGGAACUAUAAAUCAUCGGUCAUCAGGCCGAUUUUCCCGGUACGGUACACAACGUAGCAUAACGGGAACUUAUCUCUUACCGGCAGGUGUUCCGCACAACAGUACGUUGAAGGACGUGCGUUUGGUACAGACCGGCUUGUCCGAUGUCUCGAAAGUCAACCGCAAUCGGGCACCUUCCCCAGGUCCUAUUGUUUACUACCCAGCGCGCGAUGUUCAACGAGCGACAGUAGCUCAUCCAAUAGCGCUGACGUCGAACAAUAAUAUAGCGAUGGGUUGUGAUUGUAUUGACGGCAAGAAUGGGGAGAUGACAUCGGGAAUUUGAAAUUGUUUGACAUAUUUUCUAGUAACUAAGUGCGCGUGGAUGAGAAGCAAAUAUAGACUAGGAUUCUCCUUGAACUGAUUAUUCGGGAUAAUUUGCUUACUCUUAAUUAAUAAAAUUAUUUUAAUUACAUUUUAACUAUGAAAUAAUGAAAAGUGGAGCGAGAGGUCUUCAUGAAAAUGAAUUAUUGUGCAAAUUAUAUUAGUUAAUAAAAUACAAAUUAAUGAAUUAAUCAGUGUGGAAUCUGAUAUUUAGUUCAAUUGAUAAUUGGCCUAUAUUACAUACAUAUAU